UCCUUAAACUUUAUUUCUCUUUCCAUUAUUUGGUCAUCCACCCAAAGGUAACUUUCUAUUUCAUCCGUGGUCAUCAAACUGGCUUAUCGCUACAAAACUUUUUAUAUUUAUAAAUUGAGUCCGGGAAAGCAUGAGUUCUCAUGGCAAUUCGAUUCACAGGAGGGUUCCUCUUAAAAAACCAAGGACAUUGAAGCUAAAAAUACUGAUGAAGAACACUUAACUAGUGAUGACGUAAUGUACGUACAAUUCGGAAUUGCUCUCACACCAAAGAAAAGUUGGUUACCAUCGACAGCUAGAAAGGCGGAUCUGAGAAGAACAAAGCUUCGUUCGCAUUGUUAACUCUUGCAAAUUUGACACAGAAAACGUACCUUUGAAACCUUGGGAAAUCUGAAAUAAUUAUAGUGAAAAGGAUGACUUGCACCUUUUUGACUUUGGAUUGCUCUUCCGCCCACAAGUAUAGUUUAAAAGCUCGUCAGCAAGUUAAUCGGAAAAGAGGUGAUGCAUAAAAUUUGAGAGAUGAGCCCUUAUGUCCAUCGAAAGAAUGCUCCUUUCAUAACAUCCAUGCGGUCAAGGUGAAUACGUAAAUGUAAGGUUCGUUUAUCCUUGAAAGUUAAUGUUACACGAGACAUCAUAUAGCCACCGUAGUGUAAAACUAGUUCAGCAGGAGUUCCUUAUGUGGCCAUGCAGAAGUUCCAAGGAUAAAAUGACGUGAAGAAGAGAUUUGUAAAGAGAAAGGUGGAAAUCCACCUUUCCCGCUUUUCCCGCUUAGGGCAAUAGAAUCGAAUCAUUAGGGUCAUUAUUUGUCUAGCAAGUACUACUCAUACAAAUAACGUCGGAGGCGAUAUAAGAAGCCGAAAUCGGCAGUGUAAAAUUCACUCGUCCUACUCUCACCUUCGAGAUCGGCGGUGCUCACGCUAGUUCCCUGCACUUCAUAUUCCUGCCAUCAUGGGUGACUGUUCAACAACGAAAAUUCGCAAAACUAUCCCGCCGUUCAAAAACUGGCCUAAAGUGGCUCCGCAGAUUAUUUGCGCGGCUUCAGCAUCAUGGGCCAUGCUCUGCACCGGUCUCGUUCGUGGAUGGAGUUCGUCUGCCGUUCCGCAGUUGACUUCUGCGAACAACGAAACCUUGCAUCUCGAACGAGAGGAAGCCGCAUGGAUAACGUCUUUGCCUCCACUUUGUGCCAUUUUUGGCAGUUUGCUGAUCGCCUAUCCAAUGGAAAUGUACGGCCGCCGGAUGACACUGGCAACUAUGUCAAUACCCUACGUUUUGGGUUUUUAUCUGAUGGGAUUGUCGUAUUACGUGGAUUGGGCGCCUCUUCUUUUUAUUGGUCGCACCAUCACUGGCUUGAUUACGGGUGCAUCGGCACCCACUUCUCAGAUUUAUGUGAGUGAAUGUGCUUCCCCAAGGGUGCGAGGAGCUCUAGGAUCAUUUACAUCCACCUUCAUGUCGUUUGGUAUCUUGAUUGCUUACAUUAUUGGAGCUGUCGUCGAGUGGCAAGUAAUGUGCUUCGUCAUUGGAUCCCUGCCUAUCGUCUUGGGUUUAGCAAUGCUUUUGAUGCCGGAGACUCCUUCUUGGCUCGUUUCUCACGAUCAGGAAUCACAGGCCAAGGUUGCACUUCAGCAACUUCGCGGCAAAUACACGGACGUUGAAACGGAAUUUGAGCGCAUCAGAACAAACGCCAACGCGCAACUACCAAAUUCAAGCUAUGCCAAAAUACUAACCAACAGCUAUUUAAUGAAACCCUUGCUCAUCUCCAUGACAUUGAUGUUCUUCCAGCAGUUUAGCGGCAUCAAUGCUAUCGUCUUUUAUUCCGCCAGCGUGUUCGAAGACGCCGGUAGUAGCUUAGAUCGUUUUGUAUCCAGCAUCAUUAUUGGUCUUGUGCAAAUGGUGUUCACUAUGGUUUCGGUUCUCUUGGUUGAUCGAUUUGGACGUCGAGUACUACUAAUGAUUUCCGGAACUUUUAUGGCGAUAUCGCUCUCCGGAUUAGGUUCCUUUGUUUAUGUGAAAAAUUCUUGGAAAGAGUUGUCUGUUGUUGUGGAUGACGGUACAGUGGCAGAGCCGACUGUAAUUGCUGAACUGGGCUGGCUCCCUUUACUCUGCCUCAUGACUUUCAUCAUCUCUUAUUCCAUCGGUUUCGGCGCUGUACCUCAAUUAGUGAUGGGCGAGCUUUUCCCUUUGGAGUAUCGUCAUCGACUUGGUACCAUUUCCGCCUCUUUCAGCCUAGGCUGUACAUUUCUGGUGGUACGAACUUUUCCUCUGAUGACCAGCACUAUGGGACUUGCCAGUGUUUAUGGUCUCUAUGCAGCAUGCUGCUUGACGGCCGUCGUUUUUGUCGGACUUUUUCUCCCUGAAACUAAAGGGAAAACUUUGGAAGAGAUCAGUAAAUUCUUCGGUCAGCCAGUACCAAAAAGUGUUGCAACUUGCAUUCAACCUGAAAAUGAACCUCUAGCCCUUGCAAAUGCGGCAGUAGAAAAAAUUUGAUGAAAUUUUCUUUCUUUUAUUUUUUAGAGCUAAAUUUGUUUUGAUAAAUUCUGAGCUGUUCUGUGAUCAUUAUAAGUUUAUCUUUGUGACUUUGUCAAUGCCGAAACAUAAGUGUCAAUAUUUACCAGAUACAUAUACCUGCGGAUAUUAUUGGAGCGGCCCAAAAGUAAAAAAAUUGUUUUGUAAGAAAGGAAGGAUCCGCUUUGUUAUUCGUAUUUUUCUUUCACAUAGAUUUCUUGUUGUAUUUUUAAUGAAAAGAAACAUAAAUCCAGCAUCGACACAACUAAGUAAUAACAAAAUAAAAUAAGUAAAUAACUUUUCGGAAAGUUCAGAAAUUUCGCUAACACGGAAGUCCCUCGAUAUUUGCCACACAUAUGGUAUUUUACCGGAAUUGAUUGAACAUGUAAUAAAUAACUGCGCGGAUUAUGCGGAAUACUUUGUUUCCAGUAUCGACUGCAACAACAGUUCACAGUUUGUAAAUUUGAAAACGUGUUUAAACCUCACUUUCUCAUUUUGUUUCUGAAUUUUUACUUUCAAUUAAUUGCGAGUAUUAAAGUGGAACAACUCACUGC